AUGCAGUACGCAUCAAUAGCAGCCGCCGUGGCUGCGGCGGUUGCAGCGUACUUGAUAUCAACCUUCAUUUACAACAUUGCCUUUCAUCCGCUCCGUUCAUAUCCCGGCCCGUUGCUAUGGCGUGCAACCGGGCUCUUCAAGUGCUACCACUUUCUCAAGGGCGAUAUGCCCUUUGUUGUGCGCGAGCUCCACGUGCGCUACGGAUCGGUGGUACGCAUAGCCCCAGGGGAGUUGGCCUUUUCCGACACACAGGCCUUCAAGGAUAUUUACGUCCACAAGAUGGUCAAGUGGAAGGGCAUGUAUGGCUUCAAGCCUGAACAUGUCCAGGACCUUGCCAAUGUCACAGACCCGGUCCAUCAUGCUUUUCUGCGCCGCCACAUGGCCGCAGGCUUCAGUGAGACGGCCCUGCGCAACCAAGAGAGCAUCCUCGUCCAGCAUGUCGACCUGUUGAUCAACCAGCUGCGUGAGCGCGGCGGCGGAGGCAAGGUGCCGCAAGAUAUGCGCGACUGGUUCAUGUGGCUCACCUUUGACAUCACGGGCAUGCUCUCCUUCGGAGCCGAGUUCGGGGGUCUCCGCUACGCCAAAUCGGCCGAGUGGGUGGCGACGCUAACUGACAAUGUCCGGGUCUUGAUGGCCAUGAGUGCCCUGUUUGGUUACGUCGGUGCAACCACUCGCACCCACACGCAGAGGACCAAAGACAUGCUGCGUGAGCGGAUGGACCGCAAGGGUGCCUACGACGACCGCGACUACAUCAUUGAUGGCUUAAUCAACAUCAACGACCACAGGGUCGAAUCCAAUGCCGUCAUGCUCAUCAUGGCUGGCUCAGAGACAACGUCAACGGCCCUUACCGCCACGCUAUUUGCGCUGCUUCAGGCACCAGAAAAGAUGGCACGCCUAACCAAGGAGGUCCGGUCCACGUUUACUCGCGAUGAAGACAUCACCAUGGCCUCGACCCUGGACAAGUUGCCAUAUCUGAUGGCCUGCAUUAACGAGAGCCUGCGGUGGUAUCCACCUUCCGUGUCCGGCCUGGCCCGCGUGGUGCCCAAUGGCGGUGCAAAGAUCUCUGGCCACUAUGUUCCUGAAGGCACCAUUGUCGCCGCCUGGACCUGGUCCGUGACACGAGAUCCGCGGUAUUUUGCUGACGCCUACGAGUUUCACCCUGAGCGGUGGCUGCCAGGGGAGGACGAGCGCUUCGCCAACGAUGAACUGGAUGCGUCGCCGCCCUUUAGCGUUGGGCCGAGGAGCUGCAUGGGUAAAAACCUCGCCAUGGCUGAGAUGCGCCUUACACUGGCCCGUAUGAUUUACAACUUUGAUGUCACAUUGUCCACACCGUUUGACGGUGACUGGUUCAAGGGUCAAAAAGCAUAUCUUGUCUGGGACAAGCCAUCCGUAUUAGUGAACUGCACCCCGGUUGGCGAGUCCUAA